AUGGCAGAAAACUUUCCAAUUAUAGCAUAUUUCAUGGUCAUAAUAUUUAUAUAUAUAAGCCCUCUGAUCAUGUCAAGCCCACCAAAGCUUCAAAACCUUCCCAUAUCAACCACGCUCCGCAAUGACCCUGAUGCCAUUAAUCAAGCCUCUAGCGAUUACGGCAAUAUCGUUAAAGAGAUCCCAGCCGCAGUUCUUUACCCAUCUUCCAUAAAUGAUAUUGCAUCCUUGAUAAAAUUUGCGAACAAUAAUUCUUCUCAUUUUAAUAUAGCUGCUGCAGGGCAGAGCCAUUCUGUCCGCGGGCAGGCAAUGGCUCGUGAUGGGGUGGUGGUGAAUAUGAGAGCCUUGGAAGAGCGUGGAAAUAUUGUAGUCUCGUGGAGCCCUUCGUUGGGAUUUUUUGCCGAUGUGGGAGGGGAGCAGCUUUGGGGGGAUGUGUUGCGUGCAACACUAGAACAUGGACUUUCACCGGUGUCGUGGACUGACUACGUGUACCUAACUGUUGGGGGGACACUAUCCAAUGCCGGGAUUAGCGGGCAAACCUUCCGUUUUGGUCCACAGAUCAACAACGUGUUUGAAAUGGAUGUUAUCACUGGAACGGGAGAUUUUGUGACUUGCUCUCCAGAAAAGAAUACGAAUCUCUUUUAUGCAGUUCUUGGAGGUUUAGGUCAAUUUGGAAUUAUAACCAGAGCGAGAAUCCCCCUGGAGCCAUCACCAAAGAGGGUCAAAUGGGUUCGAAUGCUUUACAAUGACUUCUCAGCAUUUGCUAGAGACCAACAACGUUUGAUUUCAACCAAUGGAAGGAAGCAAAGCAAUGCACUCAAUUACCUGGAAGGUCAACUUCUCAUGAAUCAGGGUUCUCUGGGCUCUCCUGGUGAUUGGAGAUUGUCCUUUUUUCCAUCAAACGAUCACUCCAGAAUUAUCUCUCUAAUUAAAAAAUAUGGAAUUAUCUACUGCCUAGAAGUCGCCAAAUAUUAUGAUGAUCACACUCUUGAGUCUGUGGACGAGGAACUCCAAGUUUUAUUCGAAGGGUUGAGCUUUAUCACAGGAUAUAUGUUUGAGAAAGACGUCUCAUAUGUAGAUUUUAUUAGUAGAGUUGGAGGAAAUGAAGAUGAUGAUGAUGAUCAGCCAAAGCUUGCUCAACCGUGGCUAAAUCUCUUUGUACCAAAAUCUCAGAUCUCAGAUUUCAAUUAUGGUGUUUUGAUGGACAUUGUUCUGAAGCGCAAUAUUACCACAGGACUUGUACUUUUUUACCCCAUGAACCGAAACAAGUGGGAUGAUAGGAUGACUGCGGUAACACCAGAUGAAGAUGUUUUCUACACCAUAGGGUUUUUGCAUUCAAGUGGGCUUGAUGAGUGGGAACCCUUUGAUGCACAAAACAAAGACAUACUUCAGUUUUGCUAUGAUGCUGGUAUUAAGGUUAAGCAGUAUCUUCCUAACCACAAGACAAAGGAAGAAUGGGAAAAGCAUUUUGGCAUCAAGUGGAGAACUGUGCUUGAGAGAAAGGCUCUAUUUGACCCCAAAAUGAUACUAUCACCAGGACAAAGAAUUUUUAAUAACAGUUAAAUUUAUAAGCAUAAAUACAUGU